GUGUUUUAAAGUGGAGUUCUCAACGGGUUUUCUCAUUUCAACAUAACACAAUAGGAAAGUGCCAGGUGUAAAUGCUACAAACAGUAGCUGAAAUCCACCAUACUGGGAUAACUGAAAAGAAAGGAGACAUUGUCAGUUUUAUUAGUAACAGCUGCUUUUUCUGCUAUGACAUGUCAAGUGUGUAUUGUAAAAAAGACAUGUAAAAUUAAGCAACUUUUUAGACUGGUUUAAAUGUGAAUAAACGACGUCUUACGUACUCGCAUUUUAAUCGUAACAGUACAAUUAACAAACAUGCUAGCUAGCUAGCUAGCCAAGUGGAAAAGUUAGCUAGCUAGCUAACGUUAACUAACCUCACAUUAACUUUACCACAGAUUGUCAAAUUAGCUUAGGAACAAACCAAAGCCACACUAACGUUUUAGUUUUACACUUACAGGUGCAUCAGACUUUAAUAAAAACGGGCUGAAGUUUUAUUUAAAUGCAACUAAAUUGAAAACUUAGGUUGUUGUGUUUACUGAGUGGUAAAUAAAACUACCGUAGCUCACUUCCUGUCAAUCAAGUGUUUGGCUGCAGCUGUUCUCAAUCCAGUCUGUGACUGAGACCAGGCAGACGGUUUUCCUCCUAGCAGCUCCUCUCCAGUACAUCUGCCUUCACACGUAAAUAUACAUUAGAGAAUAGUUUUUAUACUCCUGGUCGUCACAUGCAACAUGUCAUUUGUGGAGGACCCUGCUCAUCUCUCUAAAUCUCGACUGAAGGAAGAUUUAGUUGCGCAUAAUGUGGAGCUGCCACCUGCAGCGAGCAAAAAGGAGAUAUACGUGGAGCUGCACUUGAAAAACAUUGAUCAGAAAAACGCUGCGGACUUUUCCAGUGAUGAGGAGGACCUAGUGCAAGAUGUGGCAGAAGAAGAGGAGGAUCCAGAGGAUACCGAGAUGCCUGACCCGAGUAGCUUGACUGAUGAUGACCUCAAGGCCAUGCUAUUCAAAUAUGGGGUUAAAGCUGGGCCCAUUGUUGGCUCCACCAGGGCCUUGUAUGAGAGGAAGCUCAAGAAACUGCUUCAGUCUGAUGGACAUUACGGAUUAAAUGGAGCAGAGAAAGCUGUGCUUUACUCAGACAGUGAAGAGGAAGAGUCAGGCUCAGAACAACAAGAAGCAGUUGAACAGUCAGCACAACAAGAGAGCAGCCAGGCUGAUUUGCAUUUUCAGAAUUGCAGUUAUGCAUACCCACAGUGUUUUUUGCCCUCAUCACAGCUGCGUGCUUAUCCUAGUAACAGGAAACCUAGUUCCAAGUGGAAUUCAAGGAAUGCGUUAAAAGCAUCAGAGCGAAGUUGGUAUGACUGCACACAGAACCCUGUAUUAAUUAGUAGAGCAUCCCCCGUACAUCAACGCUCAGGAAUAGGAUCACAGGUGCCUCCUGGAUCACAGUCUGUUAUAUCCAAUGGUUUCCCAUCACCUCAUACCUUCAGCAUCACUCAAAUGGUUGAGCAGAUGGAGAGUCGGCGCUCAUGCUCUACUAACACAGACGCUGAGAGUGAAUUGAAUGGGAGCAAUGUACAGGAACAUUGGUCACGGUCCAGCAGGCUGGACGUGUCGGUUGUGGACAAGGACAAUAAAAAGAACCAGUCUGUGUAUUACACUCCUGAAGCUUCCCUUCAUAAGAGGAAAAUGAAGGAGCCUGUGAAAAAUAUACUGAAGGACCUCUUUCCAGAGACCAAGACCACACCCACAGGAAUCUACGCCACUUGUCGGAGACCCAUCAAGGGUGCAGCACAGAGACCUAUCCAGUAUGCAUAUCCAGACACUCCUAUCAGUCCCAUGACCCUGGAGAGACGGGAGGUGGAGCGCCGUCUCGUACCCAUCCAGAUACAGAUUUUUGUCUUCCUCAUUGUGGUGUGCGUUGUAUACUUUCUUUUUGUUAAUGUUGAAGAUGGCAGCUUUGUUUUGAGCUUGCUGGACGGUCUAAGCCAGGGGUCAGACAGUAAGGAAGGGCUUUUGAUUCAGGCAGAGACGCAGGACACACAAGCAGUCUCUGAAUAAGAUUGACUGCAGUUUCUUAUCCCUCUACAGUACUUUACAGAUCUAAGGGUUGCUUGUUUGGUAAUGCAGGUCAUGAUGACAUUGUCCUGGAAGCACAUUAAUUUAAGCAAUUUUUAUGUGUUGGACGUGUUUGUCUGAAUGGGAGCAAACCUCAAAGUCCAGUUUUACAUUUUUCUAUGUUUUCCUCGUGGAUGUGUUGACGUGCUCUAGUCCCUUUAGAAACAAGUGGUAAAACACAGUUUGGGAGGAACAGAUUUUUUUAAAAUUUGGUAUUAAUUUUUUUCUAUUUCCUAAACAAAACUGUAUAAUGCAAAUGGUGCCUUUUGAAUGGAUUUGUGUCACUUGUAUGUGUAUUUUAAAUAGUUAAUUAAUAUUUCAAUAAAGAAUCUUUUGCUUAAUAGCCUA